GUUCGUUGAUGUUAUUAAAAGAUACCCCUAAUCAGUGAUGUUAUGAGAAGAGGUCCACAUAGUCCUGAUCCUCAUGAUAAAGUGACAUGGACAAGGACCUGUACUGGGUGAUGGAGGAAUGUCCAGCACCAUUAUGGUCAGAGUGUGCCGGACAGCGAUGACCUGAUGAUUAGUGACUUGGUGGCGGUGGCACUGUUAUCGCGUGAUAUUGUGUCGGAGACUUCUGUACUACAAUUUUGCUUAUGUAUCACGUUAUCAUAAUUCACAAGACAAGUGCCAGCGUUAACUAAAGCGAGCACAGGAACAUAAACGUGCCCUAGAGUCAACCAACUACUAGUAUUAUUUUCUCUGACGUUGAUAACGUCGUUGGAAGUUUGAAAGAUUACCUCUGCUGUACGUUAACGUAACCAUGAGGAUUUUCAUCGUGUACGAGAACGAGCGUACCACUCUGGACGUACCCGAGGGGAGACCUGUGUUCGAGAUAAAGAAAAUCAUUGAAAAGAAUGUCUACCUGGAUGUGUUAUGUUUCGGAGAAAGCAGUCCCAAGUUUCUCGCCCUUGUGUACGGUGGUGCUGAGCUAGAGGAUGACUGGAUAUUUACUGACGUCGUUCUCUAUCCCGGAGCCACCAUUCGGCUGUAUAUGAAAGAGGCGGUGAUACCUGCUCUCAAAGUGAAAUGUUUCUUUCUUAACAACGGUAAAUUGGUAGAAAUCUAUCACGAAGGGAAAAUUAGGGAUUUGAAGAUUAAAUACAUACGGACCAUGAUAGCUCGAAAAACUGGUAUUCCCGUGGGAGCAUUCUUCAUUUCUGACGACGGAGGCCGAGAGUUGUUCGAUGAGAACACGCUAGGGACUUACGACAUGGGACGCGGGCAGACUGUUUACAUGAAGACGUGGGAAGGAUGGGAGACGCUGCUGAGAUACGCUGUCGUCGGGUACACAAACGGGGUCCAAGGUGAGUUAUCCAGCGAUGAGAAGGAAGCCCGAUUCCAGAUUAAGGUUGCCAUGUACAUCGCUGCGCACUACGGCCACGAAGCCCUGGCGGAUUUCGCGGUGCAACAGGGCGUUCGUGCAUGUGAAUGGACCGGAGAGCACCCGUUCAGACGUUGGACCGGUGGAUCUCACAUGCAUCUUGACUGUAAACGCUCACCCAUUCACGAGGCCGCAGAAUUUGGCCAUUUAUCAGUCGUGCGCCGUUUUGUCGUAGACGAUAUUUAUGCUGUGACUGCCCGUGAUGGCAAUAACGUGAUGCCGUUUUCCUUGGCACUGAGAUACAAGCACAAGAAAUGUGCAGCAUUUUUACUCUCCCGAACAUGGACCCGUUUAGACAUUAACGGCAAGACCGUGCCCAUCCAAGUUUGCGCUCGCCUGAUGGCAUGGGCGGAACAAGCACGUGUGCGGGUAUGGUGGAAACAUGGUGCAGAGAAAUCUUCCCUGAAAAAGAAACCAUUUUUUGACCCUGGUGUUUUAGUUGGAUCGGAGAAGAUUAACGUCGACGGAUUUGCAAAAACUGAUACAAUGUAUGAACUUUCUCCAAAAGCAAGAUUCAGAAAUUCUGCCGUCAAAGUUAUGUUGCGUAACGCCACUGUGCGUCUGCGAUCUCUAGUUGAUGUUUUACCUAAGGCCCCUAAGUCUGUGUUCAUCACGCAGGCGUCAGUUGAGGAAACGAUAGGAAAUAAACCGAAAAGUACUUCUUUUCCAAACAUAAAACCCCUGGCUAAGAACAAGUACCGAAACCAACUGUUAGACUUUGUUGCCAAAAAAGUGAGCCAGAAGCGUGACCUUGUUGACGGACUAUCUCACUCCCUGAUAACUGACACCAAAACACAAAGUGACUCGGUCAAAAAUUCUAACAGUGAUAAGGAAGAGAUUAUUGCAACAAAGCAUCCAGAAACUUCCAAAGCUAAAAACGAACCACUGCGUCUUCCUCCCAUAAAACCGGUUCGUAGACGACGCCGCGUGAAAGCUGCAACUGUAGAUGCACCAAUGUCUCUUCCCAAACUGAGCAAGGAGAGCCAACUGAAACCCUUCUUUAGGGCACGCUCUAAGUCAGAAGACCCAGACUCCACUUUAGACGUGUUUGAGAAAUACCGCGGUCUCCCUGCUCGCGACUACGCCAUCAAAUGUCUUGGCCGAGCAAACAGGUUCACUACCAAACCGUGGCUGACCCAAGUGCGCAUAGCCAUGCAGUUCAGCUACUUCAAUGUAAAACGGGCGUCCUUGGUAAAUAAGUCGUAAUAUUUGUCA